CCGGAACUGAAAGUGCGAGCGGCAGUGGGAGUAGCCGGGCCACUUUGACAGUGACACAAACAGAGAGCUGUUGCUGUAGCAGGAUAUAUUGGGGGCCCCGAGUUUCCUCAGCUCUGGGAAGGAAGGGGCAGGAGGUUGGAAAGUGGUCGCAGUGCCAGGGUGAAUGCCACACCCCCUCCGGUGCAGCAGAAGAGCAGCGCUGGAGCACUUCCCGUUUUGAGUUGAGGGGCACACACAAAAACAAGACAAGAGAGAGCUUCUCAACACGCUAAGGAAUAGGAAGAGACUACCAGCUGUGUUGGAAUAUUUACGCUUGCCAGCAGUGAAGACUCCCCGCCGCAGGGGCUGAGGGAUAUUAUAUGCAGGAGUCUUGACAGCUUGCAAAAGCGGCUGCCAGGGGUCGAGAUCAAAAUAAUCUCUUCCUAAAAGUGACUCGCACUUGGAAAGUAAGCCAGGGAGUGAAGCCAAUGUGUGCAAGUUGGAGGAGCGUCCUGCCAAAGUUCCCCGGGCUUUGCCCACGCUGCCAUUCUCAUAAUCAAUGAUAAACAGUUAUUGUUAAACAGCAAGUCCUCAGGGCUUUGGACCAUUGUUAUACAGCAACAGCUGGGAAGCCGUUGGUUGAGGCCCGUGCCCUACAUGGAGCCCUUUUAUUGAAUGGUAAUUUGUGUCCUCGAAAUAAUGUAAUGGCUUGCCUCAUGAUGACUGAAAUAGAUAGAACAACAACUCCUCCUGUUCAUUCAAUUCGGGAUAUGAAUUCUAAUUCAGAUUUUCCAAAACGGAGUGAGCAAGGAUUACACAUAUACUUGUACAAUACUGCAGGGGAGACUUGUGGGGAUUAUUUGGUAUUACCACCAGAAAAGUAUGUCGCUGAAGAGAUAUGUGUCAUUGCUUCAAAAGCUUGUGGAGUGACACCUGUUUACUACAACCUAUUUGCAUUAAUGGAUGAGCAGGACAGAAUAUGGUAUCCCCCAAACCAUACUUUUCAUGUUGAUGAGACUACAAGGCAAAAAUUAAUGUUUCGAAUAAGGUUUUAUUUACCUCAUUGGUACUGCAAUGGAACCAGCAGAGCAUUUCGAUUUGCAGUUGCAAAAGGUGCAGAGAGUCCCGUCCUUGAUGACAUUGUAAUGGCUUAUUUGUUUGCUCAGUGGCGAGAUGAUUUUGUUAAUGGUCGGAUUUCUGUACCAAUCACACAUGAAGCCCAAGAAGAAUGCCUGGGGAUGGCAGUUCUUGACAUGAUGCGCAUGGCCAGUGAAAAAGGGCAAAGCCCGCUGGCUGUUUACAAUUCUGUCAGCUACAAGAAAUUUUUGCCAAAGUGUAUUCGUGCAAAAAUUCAAGACUACCACAUCUUGACAAGAAAGAGAAUAAGAUACAGAUUUCGCAAAUUCAUUCAACAAUUUGGCCAGUGUCAAGCUACUGCCAGAGACUUAAAACUUAAGUAUUUGAUAAAUCUCGAGACGCUACAGUCAGCUUUCUACUCUGAAUGCUUUGAAGUUAAGGAGCCAGGCAGGGACAAUUCAGGGGGAGACAUUUUUGCAACCAUCGUGGUAACUGGAAAUAGUGGCAUUCAGUUUUCAAAAGGAAAGCCUAAUGAAAGGGAAUCAUUAGCUGACAUGGAUUUACAACUAUAUUGUGAUUUUCCUGAAAUAAUUGACAUCAGUAUUAAACAAGCGAAUAAAGAUGAUUCUACAGAGAGUAGGGUAGUCACAAUCAACAAACAAGACAACAAGACUCUGGAGGUAGAAUUCUCCACGUUAAAAGGAGCCCUUUCGUUUGCAUCACUUAUUGAUGGUUACUGCAGGCUAACAACAGAUGCACACCAUUUUCUUUGCAAAGAAGUUGUACCUCCAAGGUUAUUGGAAGGAAUCCAAAGCUAUUGUCAUGGACCAGUUUCAAUGGAAUUCGCCAUUAAUAAGCUGAAAAAAGCAGGUAACCAGAGAGGCCUUUUCAUUCUUCGAUGCAGUCCAAAAGAAUUUAACAAGUAUUUCCUCACAUUUUCCAUAGAGAGAGAUGGUGUAAUAGAAUACAAACAUUGCUUGAUUACAAAAAAUGACAAUGGAGACUACAACUUGAGUGGAGCCAAGAAAAGUUUUGCCACUCUGAAAGACUUAUUAAACUGUUACCAGAAAGAAACCGUUCGCUCUGAUGGAAUAAUAUUUCAGUUCAGGCGGUGCUGCCCACCAAAGCCCAAAGAAAAAUCCAACCUGAUUAUCUUCAGGAGCAAUGAAGAGUCUGAAGUGUCUGCAUCACCUACGUUGCAAAGGAACAAUAAUGUAAAUCAAAUGGUGUUCCACAAAAUCAGAAAUGAAGAUCUGCAUUUUCUGGAAAAUCUUGGGCAGGGCACUUUUACCAAGAUAUUCAAAGGUAAACGAGAGGAACUGGGAGACUAUAAUAAGAUUCAUGUCACUGAAGUCCUUCUCAAGGUUUUGGACAAAACGCACAGAAGUUUUUCAGAGUCCUUUUUUGAGGCAGCGAGUAUGAUGAGUCAAUUGUCUUACAAACAUUUGAUUUUGAAUUAUGGAGUCUGUGUGUGUGGAGACGAGAGCAUUCUGGUUCAAGAAUAUGCAAAAAAUGGGUCACUUGACACAUACUUGAAGAGAAACAAAAAUGCAAUAAAUAUCAUGUGGAAACUAGAAGUUUCAAAACAGUUGGCAUGGGCAAUGCACUUUCUCGAAGAUAGAAAUCUUGUUCACGGAAAUGUAUGUUCAAAGAACAUCCUUCUGAUCAGAGAAGAAGAUAGGAAGACUGGCAACCCACCCUUUAUUAAGCUUAGUGAUCCUGGAAUAAGCAUUACGGUCUUACCUAAAGAAAUUCUCUUGGAGAGAAUUCCUUGGGUUCCACCUGAGUGCAUUGACAAUCCAAAGCACCUCACUCUAGCAUCAGAUAAGUGGAGUUUUGGCACCACCUUAUGGGAAAUAUACAGUGGUGGGGAUAAACCACUUAAUAAUCUUGACAGCCAAAGAAAAUCGCAGUUUUAUGAAGAUAGACAUCAACUUCCAGUACCAAAAUGGAUAGAGCUCGCAAAUUUAAUUAACAGCUGUAUGGACUAUGAACCGGAUUUUCGGCCUUCGUUCAGGGCGAUAAUAAGGGACCUUAAUAGCUUGUUUACUCCAGACUAUGAGCUAUUGGCAGAAACUGACUUGCUCCAAAACACCAGAACAGGAGCUUUUGGUUUUUCUGGAGGCUUUGAAGACAGAGAUCCUCCUUUUGAAGAAAGACAUCUUAAAUUCUUGCAGCAACUUGGCAAGGGUAAUUUUGGAAGUGUUGAACUGUGCCGCUACGACCCUCUACAAGACAAUACUGGUGAAGUUGUAGCAGUGAAAAAGCUGCAGCAUACCACUGAAGAGUACCUGAGGGACUUUGAACGAGAAAUUGAAAUCCUUAAGUCACUACAACAUGAUAACAUAGUAAGAUACAAAGGAGUGUGUUACAGUGCAGGUCGUCGAAAUCUUAGAUUGAUUAUGGAAUACUUGCCCUAUGGAAGCUUACGAGACUAUUUACAAAAGCAUAAAGACAGAUUGGACUUCAAAAAGCUUUUACAAUAUUCAAGCCAAAUAUGCAAGGGAAUGGAAUAUCUUACUAUCAAAAGGUACAUUCACAGAGAUUUGGCAACAAGAAAUGUUUUAGUCGAGAAUGAGAACAGAGUAAAAAUAGGGGAUUUUGGAUUGACUAAAGUACUGCCACAAGACAAAGAAUAUUACAAAGUCAAAGAACCUGGAGAAAGUCCAAUAUUCUGGUAUGCACCUGAAUCUCUGACAGAAAGCAAAUUUUCUGUAGCAUCAGAUGUGUGGAGCUUUGGAGUUGUUCUCUAUGAGUUGUUCACAUACAGUGAGAAGAGCAAAAGCCCACCUUCGGAGUUCAUGAGAAUGAUUGGAAAUGAUAAGCAAGGACAGAUGAUUGUAUUUCAUUUGAUAGAACUGCUAAAAAAUAAACGAAGACUGCCGCAACCUGAAGGCUGCCCUGAUGAGAUUUACAGUAUAAUGAAUGAGUGCUGGAACAACAACAUCAGUCAGCGUCCCUCAUUUAAAGAGCUCACCAUUCAGGUUGAGAAGGCAAGGGAAAUCAUGGGAGCUUGAGCCUUGUGAGAUGUCCUUUCCAUGGAAGAGUCAGAGUAUGGUGACAAGCCAUCCUGUGCCAAAGGCCUGUGUAGUGUCAGGCUGCAGGUGCCUCCAGGCGAGAAAAUCCUAAAUGUACAGUGUUUGCUACAAUUCAAAGGCUGCAGAAAAUCAUUGUACAAUAAUGGAAACUUGAAUUUGCUUUGGAAUACAGACAUUAAAAAAAACUUCUAUAAUGUAUAUGCAAGUCAUAUUGGCUUUUAAGACUGUAAAUGGGCAAUUUGUUGUAAACUAAACCUUCUUGGAGAGCUACUUGUUUGUUAUAAUCAGGAAACACAAGCUACGCAGAAGAUAGAGCAUUAUAUUUUUCCUUCUUUUUUUUUUUCUGUCACUGUAAAAUACACUUGCCAUGGCCAGACAGCACAGACUGAAAGCCUCUUGUUUGGGGAGAUCAAUCGUAAACAUUUUCUUAGCAAAAUGCAUACAGACUUUGUACAGCCAGUGUGAAAGUAUGGAUUACUUGCCUCCGAGUUUGUGUUUAAAGGGCUUUUGUUGAACAUAGUAUAUACUGAACAUACAUAAAUUUAAAUCUAUUUUUCAUUCUGUGUAAAUGUGCAACGAAGCAAGAGCAAUUUUGGUACUUUUAUUAACGAAACUCUGCUGAAUAUUUUGUAUCAAGUCGGUAACUUAAGGAAAUCUGUAAACCGUGCUUCAAUCUUCGUCAUGUAUAAAAUGCUAUGGGAUAAAGGGAUCAAAUAUUGACCUCUACUUUCAUAUUUUCUCAAAGGAUCUGGGGAGUUUUUACAUUGGGCAAAAAUAAGUUGUGUCUUUUAAAUCUGUUUUUUUUUCUCUUUAUUCUGCACAACUUUUACCCAGUAGAUGUAUCAUAUUAGCUUUCAUUAUAAUGGCAUUAUAGAGAUGGUCUUCUGGCAUGGAUACUUAACACAUGCACAGGGUCACUUUUUUGUAGUAGAACCGAUAAGUCAGUACUCUGUAGAGAGGCGGAAAACACAGAGAAAUCCCAGCAGAAAAAGGUUUAUUUCUUUUUCAAGCAUUUUAGGAAUGCACCAAAUUCAUCAUAUGGAUUCCGACCCUAAUUUGGAAAUUCUAAAUUUGUUUUAAAAAAAAAAAUUCAUCAUUUGUGAACAAACAUUUGUCACAUUCCAUUUGCAAGAGAAUUAAAGUCACGUGAUUUGAA